UGUGUGCAUUGAUUGAUAUCAACAGAUAAAUCAGCCAGCGUGCUGUCGUGUCCUCACAGCCACAUGUACACACAAUGAUUGAUAAAGGACACACAGCACGUGAAGUAUAAGGCACGUCCAUGCUCAUCAGAUAGAUACAAAUAAACCCGACGAAUAGAGGCCAGGCCCACAGACUCCAUCAAUGAGUGGCUGUCUAGCUAGCAUAGACGAAAGGCCUCGUGUAUCGCCACCAUAUCAGCGGGCUUCUUGACCCAGUGGAUCAACGUGUAAGACGUCUCACACAGCGCCCUGCUCCGACUUGACGGUUGGACCACAUCCAUUGUCGCUUUCCUAUUCCUCCUCGAAUGUCGCAAGGACAUCUUCUCUGCGCGGGUGAAGGGCUUGAGGAGGGCGGACAAGAAGGCGUGGAUCGGUCGGCCACGAAAGAAAGCCCUGUCCACGUCAUGGCACGUGCACAGCGAUAAAGGGAGCCUGUGGUCAGUCAGAGACAAAGUAGAUAGAAUACAUCCAUGACAUGAGCCGUAUGCACACUACACUUGUUGAGAGUGAGGUGGGGGCUGGGCUCACUUGUUCAGGUUGAGUGGUGUCAGCCAGGUGCCCACUGUCGCAUCCUCCAUCGAGAAGAACUUGAGACCAACCUGCACACAAACAGCAGCCCACAACGGACGCAGUGGAUGGCAUGCCGUCGCAUCCCAUCCACUCCCACCGACCCCAAUCUGACUUACCUUUCUGUCCAUGUCGAUGAGCAGCUCCGCGACAUCCCUCGACAGCCCAUAGCCGGCCCCCUGCGCGAAUGCCGGCCACAGCUGCAGCCCCGUGUGCAGGUAGUACUCCCGAGCAUAGUACUUGCUGUACCACUCCAGAUGCACAGGGCUCUCCACUGUGAAGAACCCCACCCACAGCCGAUCCAGUGACCCACGCUGCGACUCGGUCAGGAGGGAGCUCAUGAGCCGCGGCAGGUGGAGGUAUGAGUCGUCGUCAGUCUUGAAGAUGAUCUGGCAGUCGGUGUCCUGUGAGGCCCACUGGAAGAUUCGCCAGGUUUUCCGCAGGAUCUGCUCGUAGCCCUCGCCCGUCUCAGCGCCAUUAUCCGUUAGGUAGAUGAUGUCGCCGUGCUGCUGCGCCUCGGCCAUUACCCUCGCCGCCACGUCGUCACUCAGUGCAGACUCGUUUGUCGGCGGCCGGUCGAGAACGAAGACGGUCUUAGAGUGGCCGAUGACCGUGUCGCCCCACCAUGCCUCCCUGCUCGCCCACGUCGCCCGAAUGGCGUCGCGCAGAUGGAAGUUGCUCGCACGGCUGAGAAUCCCGACCCCCACUAAACACGAGUAGGUAUCGGCCAAAGCGUCCUCAAGCUCGACAAGAGAUCUCCCAUGUGCAGCGGUUCGAUGCGGCCCUCUGUGUGGCGAGUGGACGAAUGACGCAUCCAGGUGGUCGAGGACGCUCCCCAUGUUCUUGGAUGGCGUCAGCAUGGCUUGGCUGCGGAACCAUCGCUCCAACGACACCCAUGACGCUUGCAGAGAUGAGACUAGAGGAAUGCCGACCCGGCGGGAAGCUUUCUCCACCACCGGUGCAGCUGCCGGGGCCGCCAGAGGCCUCGGGAUGCCAUUAUCUCCGUCAGAAAAUCCCUCCUCAGACGCUGUAGUUGUCCCCAGUCCUAGCCACAAGACCACGAGUAUAAGACCAAGUGCGGACAGACAGCUGACGACCACCAGCAGCCUCAGGCCCUUCUGUGGACAUCUCGCAGGCACCGGCCCGCCGACCCUCACCCACACUCGCCAACACGCCCGCAUGCUGCGCUCCCACGGCGAGUCAGCGGCACUCUUGUGCUCAUCAGGGUCAUCUUGAGUGCCGUCCGCACACACCUGAUGAGGUCUCUUCUUGCGCUGGAUGCCGACGACGCUUCCAAAGGGGCUCUGCAUCAACUGAGCAGGCAUGGAGUGCUGUGCAUGCCCUCGCGGGUCGGAGGGCCUUGAAAACGGCGGACGACGAAAGCAGGGGACCUCGGGAUCUACUGUUGCCGCAUCGUCGAUGCCUGGUUGCGGACCUGCAGAGUCUGAGAGCGGUGGCAUCGGCAGAUGAAAGAGAUGACUGGCUGCUGAUGCGGUGUCCUCCAUGCAUAAGCAUCCCCUUGGCUGUGCAGUCGAGAAACCGC